GCAUGAUAGCAUCUAAUACUACAACUGUACUUUAUUUACCCACAAUGUUAUCACUCAAAUUAUUUGUGAGUGUAAUAUUUUUAUAUAAUACUACAGUUCUUGGUGUAUACUUUUUCGAAAACAAUUUAAACUGGUAUUCCACACAAAAAUCUGAAAUAGAUAGACAACUCUCUAAUGGGGAAGAAAAUGUAUUGAAGAAUUAUAUUUCAGAAUCUAAAUCUCCAACUGAGGAAUUACCUCCAAAAUGUUUAGAAGGUCAAACAUUGUUCAGUGCUCAUGAUUUAAAAGAGGCAAUAGAUUAUUUUACUGAUGAACUGCAAAUAUACAAAUCCAUUAACGACAGUUAUUAUGAUACUGCAAUCGAUGUGCGUAAUCAGAAUAUACAGGAAAUCAAAAUAUUUCAAAGUUGGUUCGGUGACCGACCUCAACACUUAAAACAUAUUCUGGAAGAGUUAGCCCGAUCUCGGCAAGCAAUAGAACCAUUGGUAGCAGAAAUAUCCUCUGCAUUACAAGAGUAUCCUUACUUACAGAUGAAAUUUAAAGAAAAGUCAGAUAGAGCUACGGAAAUAUUAGAAAAUUUAAAUACACAAAAACAAAUAUGCAAACUUACUUGUAACCGACCCUGGCUAGAAAGUGCACAAAUGCAACUUGAAAGAGUUUCAUUGCAGACUACAAUUGAACAGAAUCAAGGUCAGAAGUAUGGGUACUGCGAUUCCAUGAUGAAUUUAUUUGGUCAAAUUAAAACCAAAUUAGAAAAUUAUGUGAAUAUAAGCAAAGAUGAAAUAAAUUAUAAGAUCAUUGUGGACCAUGAUUCAUAUAAGAAUAAAAUAGUGGAACUAAAAAAUAAUUUAAAAGAUAUUGCUUUAAAAGAUUUUGGUCGAAUUAUGUACGAUAUUUUAAAUUUGCAAGAUGAAUAUUAUCAUUUUUAUCAUAAAGUGAGGAAUGUAAACCCAAAACGAAUCCACUUGGAAAUAAAUCAAAAUCUUGCGCAAGUUGAUCCUCUAUUAAUGAAGUUAGAAGUUGAUACAAGACAGUUCGGAAUGUAUUGUAGAAAUUGUAAUGACAAGCAUCACAAUCAGCUUCAUCUACAUUUACGAAGUUCUGAUUUAUCUGACAAUGUUAAGGAUGAAUCGAGUAAUAUAUUAGACCAGCUAUUAGCUACUAAAAUAGCAAAAAUUAAUAAAGAAGUGGAAGCAGAUUACAACCUCAUAUUUGAAGAACUCAAUAGCAUAUUCCUUGAUGACAAAGUAACACCCAAUCAUAUGUAUAAUUUAAAACCUCUUCAAGAUGAAAUAGAAUCUAUGACUGAAGACGAAAGAUAUUAUUUUGAAUCUUUAAAGAAUGAGGUAUCGAAAACAUCCAUGCAAAAAACAUUUAAUUUACUGGAUGAUUCCAAGCAAUUACUGUACGAAAUUUCUCAUGAACUGAAAUAUAUAGUAGAAUAUAUUGGAUAUGAUGAGAUGUAAAUACUAAAAAAAUUAUUAAUCAUUUAAGUAGCAAUUAAAAUUAUAAAUUUCUUGUGUAUUUGUGAAAUACAAUAUCUUUAACGGCAAAUUAAAAACAGAAAAUAUGUUGAUUGGUCUGAUCAAGUUACAUCCAUUUGAAGUAAGUAUAAUGAAGGGUGAGCGACCGGGCAUAUAGCCGAUUACCGAUUCAGCACUUCACAAUAAAUCUGAAUAGGUAUUGUGCGCGGACGCAUACAAAAGUGUAGUUACUUAUUGUGAAUUAAAUUUGUGAAGCGAGGGUUCAAGGAGGCGUUGACAUCAAUCUCUCGGACGUGUCAUGUAUUUUGUUUGACGACAUAACGCAACGCCUGCACGUGCCAUUAUAAUUGUGUAGUCAUUAUAUUCUAAGCCAAACUUUUUGCUAAUAUACUUAUUGACUAAUCUACUUCAAAUAUUCUUACUAAAGAGAAUGUUCUAAAUGUGGUAGAAAUCCUUACAGUUAUCAAAAUUUAUACUAUACAGUUGUUAAUAAACAUUAAAUGGCAUACCUAAUAGAAAGCAGGAACUGAUAUUAUGCAUAACGUCAGAGACAUUCUGAUUUACCCUACAAAGCAAAUAAACAUUGCAGUUGUGGUAAUGAAUGAGUAAUUUCCUUCACAUUUUUAUUCAUUUCUGACGGCUAAAGGUAAACUUAACUAAGGGAUUACUAUUGCACUAACUCAGUCAAAUUACAGAAUUUUUUAUCAUAAUUAAUACAAUAACCCUCACUAGCGAAAGUAAUUCAGUUUUUAGUUAAUAAAUUAUUUCGUAAGAAUUGUAGGAAUCUUUGAGGUAUUUACUUAUUUAAAGAUUUUUAUUGACUAAAUGACAAUAUGGUUCCUACAAGAAGCAAACUUGAUAUUAAAAGCAUUCUCUGUCUGUCAAGUCUUUGGAAUGAACAGUAAAUCACGAAUACGAUAUCAUGACAUUAAUCUUGUGGCAGCUAAGUGCAACAAUAUAGAUAAUAUAUUAUACUCGUGUAGUACAAGAUAAUUUAAAAUUAAGUAAAUAUAAUAUAAUAAAAUGUCACGUAUUAAUUUUUUUAACCAUUAAUUUAAUCCAACAAUAUGAAUAUACUAUCUUAAUAUCUUAUAUAUGUAUAUUUUUAAAAGAUAUUUAAAUGUUUGUUACUAAGUUACUUUCUAAUUAGAUUCUUGCAAAGCCAUAGUUUACAGCUAAUUAUUAAGAAACUUUUCAUUAAUUUCUUUUUUAAGUUAAUUUAUCGUGUCCAUUCGUCUAUAACAAACAAUGGGCAAAACUAUAAAAUGUGUUGGUUUCAAACACGAUAAAUAGAUAAAUAAUUCAGAUAUGACAGAAUAUAAAUUAUAAUUAUAAAUUUUUUAUUCCUGGAAUAAGGUACACUUACAGAUGUUACGUUAUACAAAAAAUAGUUAUAUACACUUAUUCUAUAGGUGUCCAAACAUUAUGAUAUAAUAAUUAUUAAAUAUUUUGACAGAUAUGUUUAUUAUCUGUAUUUUUAUAUAAAAUGACAUUUAAGUCUUUUUUUUUGUGAGUUAAUUCUCUCUCAACAGAUUUGAUAGAUUACAUUGGCAAAUCGUGGCAAUCUACAUCUACACUAUACUACAACUACACUAUACUAUACUACAAGAGUGACGCUCUAUAGUAUCAAGUGU